GUCAUCCAUCGUCUCACAAAUUGGGUCACUCUGAUCCGAACGACCCGCAGACUCAGUGCGCUGCACCCUGGAAAAAUGCGAUCAUAUUCGUUAUUACUGUAAAUGGAUAUGGACGUCAACAUGCUGUUUUUGACUUUGCUGAUGUGUUACAAUCCGUAUGUUUUUGGACAGUUUGAGGAUAUUAACAUUGAGGAGGAUCUUUCUCCUGACUUGACCGACUUUGAUUUGGAUAUUUCUCCCCGUAGAGUGCCUCGCCAGGUGAAAUCCAUGCUUAUUAAGGAGACCAAACCGCAUAUCCAGGAGCUGUCGGUGAAGACCACCAUUAUCUCCCGAUACGCCUUCACGGCGGUGUCGUGCACCAUGCUCAACCGGCACUCCGCCGCCGCCGAGGGCGUCUUCCAGUUCCUGAUUCCCAAGAACGCCUAUGUCUCGAACUUUACCAUGAUCAUUGGGGGGCGUGUCUACCCCAGUGAGGUCAGGCCCAAGGAGAAGAAGGUCAAACAGGGGAAGGGCGGUGAGGCCAAACCCAAGAACAAGGAGGCAGGUGAACAGAGUAGCGAACCAGAGGUGGAGGUGUUCAGGAUGGGGGCCAGUAUCCCAGGUCGUAACCGGGCCAUGUUCAUGCUGACCUAUGAGGAGCUGCUCCAGCGGAGGCUGGGGAGGUAUGAGCAUGUGACCAGCCUGAGACCCCUGCAGCUGGUCAGCCGUCUCAGUGUGGACGUCACCAUUGUGGAUCACUCCACCAUCACCCACCUGGAGGUGCUGCCACUGCGCAACGGCAAGAGCAACACGGCCGUAGCCAGUGGUGCCAGUUCAGCGAAGACACCUGCCAAGCCUGCUCUUCCUGUUUCCACGGUGAUCAAACAAAAUAAGACGUUCUGUAGGAUCACCUUCAGCCCCAACAUCGUUCAGCAGGCUAAGAUCACCACCAGCGGCAUGCUGGGAGAGUUUGUGGUGCACUAUGACGUGGAGAGAGAGCUGGGGAUAGGAGACAUACAGGUUCUGAACGGCCAUUUUGUGCACUACUUCGCCCCAAAGGAUCUGCCGGUGGUGCCCAAGAACGUGGUGUUUGUGAUUGACACCAGUGCCUCUAUGCUGGGCACCAAGAUCAGACAGACUAAGGAUGCCCUGUUCACGAUCCUGAGGGACCUGCGUCCAGGCGACCGGUUUAACUUUGUCAGCUUCUCCAACCGUAUCAAGGUGUGGCAGCCCAACCGCUUGGUCCCCGUCACGCCUCUCAACGUCCGAGACGCCAAGAAGUUCAUCUAUAUGCUCCAACCCACUGGAGGCACUGACAUCAACGGUGGCAUACAGACCGGCUCCUCAUUGCUAAGCGGCUAUCUGAACGCCGACCCAGACGCCAACCACAACAGUGUGUCUCUCAUCAUCUUCCUGACAGACGGGCGGCCCACGGUGGGCGAGCUGCAGUCUCCCAGCAUCCUCAGCAACGCGCGGGCGGCGGUGAAGGAGCAGUUCUGCGUGUUCACCAUUGGGAUGGGGAACGAUGUGGACUACAGGCUUCUGGAACGCAUGGCCCUGGAAAACUGUGGGAUGAUGAGGAGGAUACAUGAGGAUUCAGAUGCCAGCACCAUGCUCAAAGGGUUUUAUGAUGAGAUAGGCACUCCACUGCUCUCUGACAUCAGGGUGAAUUACACAGAGGACUCGGUCCAGUACGUCACCCAGCACCUCUUCACCAACUAUUUCAACGGCUCAGAGAUCGUCAUCGCCGGCAAAUUGACCAAUCAAAGUGCAGACUCCCUGCACGUCCAGGUCACCGCCAGCAACAGCGACAAGAGCAUCGUCCUGGAGACAGACGUGGCGUUACGGCAAAGGGAGGUGGAGACGGAGAGGCACGUGAAGGAGGCGGCGGCCGGGGUGGGGUCAGGGGUUACAGGUGCGGGCACGACAGGGUCAGUGGCGGAUGAUUUCGUGGAGCGUGUAUGGGGUUUCCUGAGUGUGAAGGAGGGGCUGAGGUCCAGGCUGAAGAGCCAGACCAGCAGGGAGAGAGAGGGACAUACCCAGCAGGUGACUAACCUCUCCCUGACAUACCACUUCCUCACGCCCCUCACCUCCCUGGUGGUGGAAAAACCUCAGGUGCUGGCCGACGGAACCAUGGCCGAGGAUACACCCACCCCCACCGCUGUAACCACAGAGACAAAUAAGAAGGCUGUUUCAGCCAAUGAGCUGUCGGAUAAGAUGGAAGGGGAGGAAGACACAGCCCAGAGCCUGCACUUGAAGAAAGACCAGCCGGGUGGACAGAGUUCCACAGUUACCAAGACAACGGCUAAAGUUUUGAAGAGGCCAGCCCAAAAAUCCGUAACCAUCUCCAAAACAUCAGCGGACGGCGAUCCCCACUUUGUGGUUGAGUUCCCCCUCAGUAAACUGACUGUGUGUUUCAACAUCAACGGAGAGCCAGGACACAUUCUCAGAAUGGUAUCUGACCACAAGCACUCUGGUGUGACAGUAAACGGUAAGCUGAUAGGCGCCCCGGCACCAGCGGGCAGCCACAAACAGCACAGGACAUACUUCAGCACCAUUACCAUCGUGGUGAACCGACCCAAACGUUCCUACAUCGAGGUCACCCCCAAGAAGGUCAUUCUGGAUGGACGUGACCGCCUGGUCCUGCCCUGCGACACCACAGUCUCCGUGGAGAGUGGCGGGCUUGCGGUGACGAUAGUGGGAAAGUCCACCGUGACCGUAACCAUAGGAGGAACCAUUAGUUUCGUCAUACUGGUGCAUCAGUACAAGAACCCUGCUCCUUAUCAGAGAAACCACCUGGGAUUUUACAUCUCCAACAGCAAAGGGCUGUCACAUGACUGUCAUGGACUACUGGGUCAGUUUCUGUAUGAGGAAGUGGGACUCGCAGAGCUUCCUGGCAAUGCCAUGGCAACAGGAGACAACAGCACGUCUGCACGGUCACCCAUCCUGAAGGUCAAAGGGCGUUCAGUGCCGGUGGUCCAGAAGACCCGGCGUAUCUACAGCGGACGUCAGAGCGUGGACUGCUGGUUCGCCAGGAACAACGCAGCCAAGCUGAUCGACGGACAGUAUGAAGAUUAUGUGGUGUCACACCUAUUCGACACAGGCGAUUGGCCCCACGGAAGUAACGGAGCCUGAGACAGGGGCCAAUAAGGAGCCAGCAAUGAACUUGUCCCGCGCACACAGAAACUAUAACCCCAGGUACAGCUAUAGUAGCCAACAUGCUCAUUUCAUACCCUCUGAUGCUAAAACCUCUAAAUCAGCUUUCUUUUUGACCCACAUACUCACACUCCAAACACUACUCAACUACCCAUAGUCACAUAGAGGACUCAUCUUUCGAUCUGUGCCAAAUACAGUUGAAGUCGGAAGUUUACAUACACUUAUGUUGGAGUCAUUAAAACUUGUUUUUCAACCACUCCACAAAUUUCUUGUUAACAAACUAUAGUUUUGGCAAGUUGGUUGGGACAUCUACUUUGUGCAUGACACAAGUCAUUUUCCCAACAAUUCUUUACAGACAGAUUAUUUCACUUAAAAUUCACUGUAUAUCAAUUCCAGUGGGUCAGAAGUUUACAUACACUAAGUUGACUGUGCCUUUAAACAGCUUGGAAAAUUCCAGAAAAUGAUGUCAUGGCUUUAGAAGCUUCUGAUAGGCUAAUUGACAUAAUUUGAGUCAAUUGGAGGUGUACCUGUGGAUGUAUUUCAAGGCCUACCUUCAAACUCAGUUCCUCUUUGCUUGACAUCAGGCAAAAUCAAAAGAAAUCAGCCAAGACUUCAGAUAAAAAAGUCUGGUUCAUCCUUGGGAGCAAUUUCCCAACGCCUGAAGGUACAAUGUUCAUCUGUACAAACAAUAGUAUGCAAGUAUAAACACCAUGGAACCACGCAGCUGUCAUACAUCUCAGGAAGGUGAUGCAUUCUGUCUCCUAAAGAUGAACGUACUUUGGUGCGAAAAAUGCAAAUCAAUCCCAGAACAACAGCAAAGGACCUUGUGAAGAUGCUAGAGGAAACAGGUACAAAAGUAUCUAUAUCCACAGUAAAACGAGUCCUAUAUCGACAUAACCUGAAAGGCCGCUCAGCAAGGAAGAAGCCACUGCUCCAAAACCGCCAUAAAAAAGCCAGACUACGGUUUGCAACUGCACAUGGGGACAAAGGUCGUACUUUUUGGAGAAAUGUCCUCUGGUCUGAUGAAACAAAAAUAGAACUGUUUGGUCAUAAUGACCAUCGUUAUGUUUGGAGGAGAAAGGGGGAGGCUUGCAAGCCAAAGUUAAAGCUUGGUUGCAAAUGGACAAUGACCCCAAGCAUACUUACAAAGUUGUGGCAAAAAAACAACAACAAAAAAGUCAAGGUAUUGGAGUGUCCAUCACAAAGCCCUGACCUCAAUACUAUAGAAAAUUUGUGGGCAGAACUGAAAAAGCGUGCGCAAACAAUGAGGCCUAUAAAACUGACUCAGUUACACCAGCUCUGUCAGGAGGAAUGGGCCAAAAUUCACCCAACUUAUUGUGGGAAGCUUGUGGAAGGCUACCUGAAAUUUUUAAUCAAGUUCAACAAUUUAAAGGCAAUGCUACCAAAUACUAAUUAAGUGUAUGUAAACUUCUGACCUACUGGGAAUGUGAUGAAAGAAAUGAAAGCUGAAAUAAAUCAUUCUCUCUACUAUUAUUAUGUCAUUUCACAUUCUUCAAAUAAAGUGGUGAUCCUAACUGACCUAAGACAGGGAAUUUUUUACUAGGAUUAAAUGUCAGGAAUUGUGAAAAACUGAGUUUAAAUGUAUUUGGCUAAGGUGUAUGUAAACUUCCGACUUCAACUGUAGCGUCUGUGAUAUCAUGGGCAGUGCCAUUGAGGCUAUCUCCAUUUUAAAGUAGUCAAUUUUCUUCUUCACAAUUGGCUGAUCCCUCCUAAUGACCCAGUAGGACAUGACUCCAACUGGGUCACCAGGAGGGAUCAGUUAACGAAGUUGGAAGUCCCACCCAGUUGACUUCAUUAAAAUGGUGGAUGCCCUCAAUAGCACAGCCCAUUCUAACACAGCCUUUUGGCUACUAGAGGCCUCUAUCAUUUUCUAUGCUACUACCGCAUCCACCCAUCCCCCUCCAACCAUGUCUUUCAAUCCAAUUCCUGUUGCCUACUUCCUGUUGUUUUUUCCUCAGGGGUAUCUGCACUGAAUAACCAACCAUCAAUAUUCUUGAAUAUAUUUUUUUACUAUUUUUAAUAUAAAUGUAAUAAGGACAUUGUUUGACGUGUAUCGUUUUAUACUGUCAUUUUAUACAUGUAAAUAUAACCUUUAUUGAACCGGAUGAACUUUUUGUGUGUAAAGGAAGUAAAACAUAAAAACAAUA